UGGGUGGAUGGCUGGGUGUGUGUGCGGGUAGCUGGAUGUGUGGGUAGCUGGGUGGGUGGAUGGUUGGGUGGGUAGAUGACUGCAUGAAGCUUAGCUGGGGGCAGAAUCACGUGACUGUUAAAGUCAGGAUCUCUGAAGCCAGACGCCUGGGUUUAAGUCCCAUCUCUGCUAUUUGCUAGUUAGCUGACCUUGAGUAGAUCUUUAGCCUCAUCGGUACCCCUUUUCUGAUCAAUCAAAUGUGGACAGUACCAGUACUGUCUCGAAGGUUGUGAAGCUGGUAUGAGAGGCUGCAUACGAAAACACUGUGCUCUUUCCCCGGCACACAGGUAGGGCUCAGUGACCAUGGCCUCCCCUGUGCUUCGUCAUUUUCAGCCAAUAUUUAUUGAUCCCCGGGUGCUACAUUGCUAGGUGCUUUCCGGGCAGCGGGGCCCCAGCGGAGGAUAAUAAGGCAUUCCUGCCCGCCAAGAGCUGACAUUCUUAGAGAGUGCAUUUCCCCCCGCUUGCUUUUUAAGCACUUACUAUAAUUCACAUGUAUUUUUUUUAUUCCCGUCUUUCUUUUUUUUCACAAGCUUCCCCCGCACUAGCUCUACCGUCCAGAAGGCAAGGGCCUUUCCUGUUUUGUCCACAGCUGGAUAUCAAAGAGAGAAGAAAUGAUUAUUCUCCUUCCAGUUACUCAGGCCAAAAGCCCCGGGGUCGGCCUUGUUCCUCCGUCCUUCAAGUGCCACGUUCAGUCUCAAGCAGAUCCCGCUGGCCCCAGUCCAGCUCUCUCUGCCACCUCCCUCUGGCCUCUCUGGUCUAAGCCCCCCUCCGUCCUCACCCCAAUACCUGCUGGCUUCUCCCCGCUUCCGUCUGCCCCGCACUCUGUUCCCGUGUUAGCCAGACGCUCAGAUGAAAAGCCGGGACACGUCAACCCAGCACACGCUGCCGUGAAGCCACGACCGCCAGCCCCCGGGUACCCAGCCUCUCCCCGAUCCUGUCCAUUACACCCCAGACGCCUCUCUGCUCCAGCUGUGGGGCCCUGUGGAUGCUCUGGUGCUCCAGGCUCGCGUCUGCUUCAGCACUCAGUGCAUUCUGUUCCCUCUGGAAUGUUCUCCCCAGGCAUCGGCAAGUUCUUCCCUCCCCUCCUCCUGGGUUUAUUCAGUCCCGACCCCUUUUCGGUGAGGGCUUCCCUGGCCUUGCAAGCUCAGAGUUCAGGAUUCCCGCUCCUGACCCUCCUGUCCCCGCUGCUCGGACGGCUCUCCUUCCUUAGCGCGUGGAUCUGGAACACGGGAUGUUUCGUCAUCUGUUUCUCCGGCGAGAGGGUGAGUUCUGGUGAGGAAGACACUUUGGGUUCACAGUUGCGUCCUCAGCGCCCCGUGCAGGGUGGCCAUGGGGUCAACGCUCAGCAAAGAUCGGGCGGGAUGUCACCACUCCCGCUACUGUGCUAUCAGCGCCUGGGGCAAUCUUUUCGUCUCCGGGGAUACCCCGACUGGGGUGCUUGUCCGCACCCCGGAUCCCGUGUACCUGGGCACCAGCUUCUUGUACAAAUGACUUCUUUCGCACUUUCGUUUCCAAGCUGUAAAUGGGCGGGGGGUUGGCGGAAGCCCCUCCGAGGUCCUCCCCGGUUCAAAUGCUCUAAGGCUGUGCCAUGGCCUCCAAGGUGGCUCAGCUCCCGAGAGACACGACGCGCCCUAAUCCCUGGCACCCGUGCCCGUGACCUUAUUUGACAAAGGAGCGACUGUUGCCUUGUCUGACAAAAAAUAUGCAAUUAAGUUAGUGGUCCUGAGAGGAGGGGCCGGUCCCGUGUCACCCAGGGGGGCCCUGGAUCUGGUGACAGAUGUCCCCGUGGCGCACGUGGAGCAGGACAGGGGGAAAGACGGAGUGGGGCUGGGCCCGCGCCAGGGGAUGCGUGUUUGCUGAGCUUCCUCUGCCGGGCUCACGGCCCCCUCGUCCUUGGACGUGGGCCCCCUUCUCCCCUCUGGGGUGGGGGGUGUCCUUCACGGGCCCCUGAUUUCUGCUUCGUUCUGCAGAUGGCCCAGAGCAGCCACUGUGACUGGUCACCCUGAAAUCUCUCUGGCUCUGGGGUCAAACCUCAGGAAGCAGGGGAAGGGCAGAGAAGCACCCCAAGGCAUGAUCGGACCACAGACGAGGAGACCGCCACAUCCACCUCCACGGCCCUCCCCGUGGUCUCUCCAGGGGUCACUGCAGCCUGCCCUCCUCUCCCGGCAGGCUUAAAGGAAAUUAAGGGGGUGAAUCCAAGAGUCAGGAGGGACACAGGGAAGACCGGAAGUCUGGGACCAGGGGAUCUGGGGGGACGGGUGUGGGUGCAGCGGAUGUGGCCUUGGCCGGCACUUGGCCAACAGCCGGUCGGCUCCAAGAGGGGCUCUCGGGAAGCAGGCCGCCGUAAACCUCUUCUCGGCACGUCUCCUGUGCCAGUGUGUUUUCGUUCUUGGGGGCUGAAUACACCUAGGCGUGGGACCCACCCGGCUCAGGCUGAACCGUGCCGGAGAUCAGCGGGCCGUUCACAGCCGGUUUCCUUUUCUUCCCCGGAGCCCAGCCUGCGCGCGUUCCGCAGGGGCCCUCGCGGUCAGGUGAGGCCGUGCGCCAGACUGCGUCAACGGAACGUGAGCAAAAACGACGAGAGCCACCUCCAGGCCACACCUCCCGCCAUCCUCGGUGCCCUUCUCCCUUCCGCUGGCCCGGCUCAGAUACACCUGUCGACCUCGGAAGCCGAUGACGGAAGAGACGGAGCCACGAGACAAGGGGGAUGUGCUUACUCUUGGAAGACACCCCCACCCAGAGGACGAAGGAGGCCACAGAACUUCAUGGGAACAGCACCCAUCUGAAAGCAGGUGAUGCCUGACCAGGAGUGACCCCAAGCAUGGCCUUGAGCUUUCUGGAUCUCAGUUUCCUCAUCUGCAAAAUGGGAGGUCACCCCAAAGUCCAUCCUUUCCUGAUUUCUGGGAAGCAGGCUGGCAGGUGUUGGAACAUGGACACCUUCUCCGUUGAUUCCUCCGUGUGGCCGAGCUGGGGAGCCCGGGUUAAUCUGGAGCAGAGCUUCUGAGUGGGUCCCCAGACCCGCAGCAUCAGCAUCACCCGGGAGCUUGCUGGAAAUGCAGAUUCUGGACCAGAAAGUCUGGGGGUGGGGCCAUCUGCACAUGAACAGGCCUUCUGGGUGAUUCUGAUGGGGCUGCAGUUGGUCUAGAAGGUUCUCAGGAGCAAGGGAAAACACCCCCUCUUUCCUCCCUGAGCAAGCCCCGGGGGUGAGCGGACACGCCCUUCGGAGACCCAAACAGGCCACACAGCCCAGCGCGGGGUCCUCUCUGCCUGAUGGUUUCCAGUGAGGCAGCCGGGCCCGGGCCCCCUCAGGAGGGUGCAGAGGCAAAGGGAGGUGACGGGCUCUGAGAAGGGCCUCCCGGGGGAAGGGAGGGGAGGCGGGCCUCCGCGGUCCUCACAGGUCCUCCCACGCCCCUGCCAAGGCCCUGGCACGCACAGUUGCUUUAACCUGCACCCUCUCUCACUCAGCAGGUGCUCCUGUCCCCUCUCUGUGGUGGCUCUCCAAGCAACGGUCACCACCGCGUCUGGGGCGCAGGCGCAUCCCGCCUGGGCAGUCGGGGGCUCAAGUGCCUGCCGGGCCCCGGCCCCGCCGCCCCAGGGCUCAUUAGGCCGCAUCUGGAUCUAAUUAGCCGCGGGGCCUCCGCGAGCCGAGGGCCGCCUUUAUCAUCCGCAGGGCAGAGCCCAGACGGGAGAGGAAUGGCUGUGAUACGCGCUGCUUCCUGUGUGUCGGUGGCAGCAUUAGCGAUGGUUCGGGGCGGGGAGGGAGAACCCGCCCCGCUUCCCUCCGCGAGCUGGCCCGGAGGGUGUGCCAAGGGCCCGGCCCCCAGACCUCCUGGUCCAGGAUCUGCAUUUCCAGCGAGCUCCCGGGUGAUGCUGAUGCCGGGGGUCGGGGGACCCCAGGCGGAGAGGCGCUCUGCUCCACAUGAAGCCGGGCUCCCCAGCCUGGCCUCAUGUGGGAAUCAGCCGGGAGCUGCCCGGAUUGCGCACGCCGCAGGGAGAAGCCAGCACCUCGGUCUCCGCGCGGGCACUCAACGCCUUUCCUUUCGGUGGCUCAGAACCGCCUAUUCAAGGAUGGCGGCAGAAGGAAAACUAUUCCCAGCACGGAUCCUGCGAUCCUGAAGGCAACAGCAGGCGAGCGCCCUGAAACCCGGAGGACGGGGGCCGACCUGAUCGACACCUGCUCCCGUGUCCCGGCUCCAAGCGCUUGGGCCCUCCUAACACGAGCCCCACGCGGUUGACUUCCCCGCUGGCUUUGCUUUCCAGAGUGUCUGUGCCCUGCGGGCAGGGAGCUUGUCUGUCUGUUCUGCUCCUGGUGGGCAGAGUGAAGGAGGGGCGGAGGCGGAAGCCGGCACGCGGACCCACACUCACCGCCGUGGCAUCCGGAGAAAUUCAAAAUAUGUCCCAAACCCUCUGAGAAAUGUGCAAGUCAUUUCGGAAAAAAAAAAAAAUUUUCCAUAAAAACGGUUGCAAUAAAACAAGUUUUGUUGAUUAAAGCGGCACACACCAUGUGGGGGCCUGAUUAAGUGGCUCGCCGAGCUGCAGUGUGGUCACGGACAGUUCUGUCGCCUGGGAAACCGACCAACGGGCUCGGUGGCCCAGGUUCCAGCCCUGUUGCUAAGUUAGACGUUGAACUUGCAGUACGGUUUUCGACGGGAAGCAACGCUCCGCGUCCUCGUGUUUAACGUUGGAAAUCGCUAACGUGCUUGGCUCUCGUCUCUACCUCGUCUCCGCCUUCCAUCCCCUUGCCGAGGUGGCUCCGCUUCCGAUCUCAUCGGAAGGUGCAUCUGGGGCCACCUGGCUCGAUUCCCGCGGGCAGGACCCUGUCUCUGCACCAGCGAGGAUCUCACCGCGACAGCAAACCCCAGCCCCUUUCCUGACGUGAAAAGCCAAGUGUCAAGGUAACACUGCUUUUCUGGCUGAAGGUCGUGCACCAGGUUUUAGCGAGGGAAAAGAAUAAAAACAUUACCCAUCCAGCAGCAUCAAAUUGGGGAUUUCCUCUGUGUAUUUAAAAACAUACUCUGAGGUCGUGACCCUCUUGGGGGUUCAUAUUUUUCUUUGCCAGCCACAUAUGUGUAAUUAAAGCCCGCAUUUGAAAUGAGGACAGGAGACCUACGGCCACUUUCUCACACGUUCCCUCGAACCAGCUUCUUCCUUCCCGGAGCCCCCCUCCUCCUCCUCUCCCUGUCCCUCCCCGUCUCCCCUCCUCCCCUUCCUCCCACCACCCUCUCCUCUACCUCCUCCUUCUCCACUUAGAUUUGGAGAGCUGAGGGCCAGGCUGGGGCUAAGAGCUUCUUCUGGUGGCUAAACAGCAGCGACAAAAGCCGACACUGGGGGCGCACGCGACCCUGGGGGUGCCUGACGCUCGGAAGCCUCACCGCUGCUGUAGGGGCUGGACCCAUUUAUUAUCCGCAUUUUGCAAAUAAGGAAAAUGAGACCUGUGAGGUCAGGAAGUCACGCAGCUCGGAUGUGACCUUGGACCCCAGAACUGGCGCUUGCAGGGCAGCAGGGGGAGGUGAGGUGAGCACGUUCCCAUGCAGUGUCCUUCAGAGCCGGUGGUGGUCUCCGACAGCCUCCUGUCUGACCACCUCCUGCGACAGGUGCCGAGGCCGGGGUCUGCGAGGGGCCCACCGGCAGCGGACCAGGGGCCACGCCGGGUUCCUCGAGCCCGUCUCCUCUCCUCCCUCUCUUGCCUUGCCACCUCGAUCUGCGGAUCAGGGUGAGGGCAGGGGGUGAGGUGAGGGGGCCCUGCGGGGGCUCCCCGGGCCGCCUGUGGCCCUCCCUGCGCGGACCCCCGAUAGCUCCGUCACUGUGGGCAAGCCGGGAAUGCUGCUUAGGAGUAAGUCAGAGGGAGAAAGAAAAGGGUCUAGAAACUUCUUGAGACGCCAGUACCUUCUCAAAAACAAAGUUAGCUGCAAGGAUCUGUGUUGAAAACAAGGGACUCUGGUCUCUGCAAGGAGUGGAGUUCUGGGUCACGCCCGCUCCUAGUGCCUGCCCAAGCAACGCAAACACACAUCCACACCAACACUUGCACACAAAUGCUCACGGCAUUACUCACAACAGCCGAGAAGUGGAAACAACCCAGAUGCCCAUGAACCGAUGAGUGGAUAACUGAGGCGUGGCCUGGACCCACAGCCACGGCAGGGAACAAAGCCCUGACUCCCAGCUACCACGGGGGGCGAACCGGGGAACGCCGUGCCGGGCGAGAGAAGGCAUUCGUGGGAGACCACAGCCCGUGUGUUCCCUCCACAGAAAAGUCCAGAGCGGGUAGAUGCACGGACACAGAAAGGAAGCCAGUGGUUGCCUGGGGCCGGGAGGGCAGGAGCCCCCAUUCCUGCCAUUCGUUGCAAAUGGGGACAGGCGUCCUUUUGGGGAGAUGCACGUAUUCUGGAAUCAGAUACUGGUGACAAUUGCCCAGCACUGGGAACGCGUUCACCGCCCCUGAAUCGCUCACUUUAAAGCAGUUAAAUGUACAUUUGACCUCAACCCAGCAGUAGGGCUCACGGUCACUUUUCAGCCCCACCCCGUCUCCACUGCCCCAUCUGGGUCCCCCGAGUCUCCAGCCCUCACCCUCCUUUCCAGUUCGUCUUCACUCUGUGCCCGCAAUAGGAGACCCACUGUGCGCACACAGGAGACCCACUGUGCGCAGGUUACCUGGGGUCCCCGUCCUCCUGACCUGGGCUGCACCCCGCGGUGCUCCACGCGGUCUGAGGUGGGGCCAGGUGCUGAAGGCCCCGCCCGUGGCUCUCGGGCGCGCCCGGGGCUGAGAGUCACGCUCUGAAAACGCUGAGUGUCCAUGAGGACGUUGGGUACGACGGGGCCAUCAUUUCCACAUCUACAAAAUGCUGGUACCGUUUUUCUGUCCCUAGAAAGUACUUUCGGUUUAAGCAGAACUACUUUAAACAUCUGACCUGAGACCUGACGCUGACUGCAUUCUUUCCCCGUACCAGUCGCCGUCCGCAACGCCUCCUAUGGGUCGGCCCGGAGGCCUGGAAACAACCCAGAUGCCCAUGAACCGAUGAGUGGAUAGACUCCUAAGCAAGACCCAAGUCCCGUCAUGGGUCUGAGGUCACCCGGCCAGCGCAGGGCUGGGCUCGGACCCCGGUGGGCGGCUCAGGGCACGUGGGCGUCACCGGCCGCGUCCGGCCCCGGUAGCCUCACCUGAGAGGUGUGACAGGUGCCUGGGUGGCUCAUACUUCCCCAGCCCACGUGACGACGAACACGUGACUGCGGACACGGAUAGGCGUCCUCUCGGCGCCCACCUGAAUUCCCGGCAGGCCUCCGGAAGCAGACCGGGACAGUCCGCGACAGAGAGAGAGCACCUGUUCUGGCAUCCACUUUAGGUUUCCAUUCCAGCUGUGGGGCCUCGGCAAAGGUGCGUCGCCUCCCGAGCCCCAGGGUGUCAGUGUCUGUAAACGGGGACACUGCCAACGGCGGUGACAGGCGGCGAUGGGGUGUGGGGCGCUGAAUGGAGGGGACGCGGUAACGCUCGGCAGGGGGGUUCCCAGCAGAGCCCGAGUUCCCGCUGUCGGCCUGGACCCGAAAGCCGGGGGGCCUGGGGGUCCCGCUCUCAACGGGUGGCUGGCAGGGCCAGUCAGGAUGGGGCCAACGGAGACCUGAAAGAAUUUUCUGGAAUCGUAACCCCUCCUUCGGAUCAUCUUCGAGGCAAUAAACUCUGGCUGCAGACCAAGGGUCCCCGGUGUCGUCUUACGACGAGACACCGGUCUGGUGGGGUCCCGCGCGGCCCCCAGGCCCCAGCUGGAGCUGCAUUCUCCACACUGGCAUCCGUCAGCGGCCCCCCCCAGAGUAAGGUGGACGUUUACCUGAGACGAUACAGUAAAAUCAGGUGUCUGCGGAAAGGAAGUGCCAAAUGCACCGAAACGUACCUGUUGGAGCCCCGAAAGGGAGCUUCCCGACUCCGUAGUCAGGGCCACUCCUGCACGGGCACCGUGUGUACCUUAAAGGGGUUGGCGCAUUACGGCGAAAACCCCAAAUGCUCUUCUCCCUGACGAACGCACCCGUAGGCAGAAGGGGGGUGACCGGCGGAGCCCCGGACCGGAAGGAGGGGCUCCCGUCCUCCCCGACAGCUCCGGGGCUCCGUCAGGGUCCUGCCCGCAAGCACUCUCCUUGCCAGCCUCCCGCCUCCCCGUCUGGGAGUCCUCAGGAGGUGACGUCCGCAGGUGAUAUCCGCCGUGCCCUCGCAGCAGCCCCUCCAGCCUCGGGGGUGCUGGCGUUUGCCAGUGUUAUAAUCACACAGGCGUGCGAAAGGCUCCUAAACAACCCAACAAAUAGCGCCAGAACCUAACAGAAAAGCAGGCAAGGUGUGCCCGGGCAGAAGACGGAACCGGGUGUUAACGUGCCCGGAAAGGUGCGUGGGCUCGCCGACCCGCGGGAGUGGGGCCACUUCGACCACAAGUGACUUUCGUGCUAUUGACGAAGCCCCGUCGCGCGAGGACGCCUACGCUGAGCAGCGAGACUCUCCCCCAGAGCCCCGGUGGCACGGCGACCCGGCCAGAGCCGGCAAGCCUGAAGAUAAGUAGCACUUUGGAGGAAUUCUCGCAAAUGCGCAUUUCGUGCAACUGUCCCGGAGCUGCCGCCCCUCACACCCCCCUGCCCAUGGGACCGACCAGAGCGUGUGUGUGUGUGUGUGUGUGUGUGUGUGUGUGUGUGGGUGCGUACCUGCUCACCACCUGCCUAGCUUGGGGGACCGACAUAGUCCAUCCCCACGACACUUCAUGUCCGUAUCCACAAACUCCAAAAGCGCGCUUUGGAGCAAAAUUUAAACGUUUCGAAAGGAAAUGUCAACCUGACGCGUUUAACGCCUUUUAAAAACAUGCAGAAUAAAGCUAUGGAUUGUUCUUG